AUGACCCGGCUGCUACUACCCGUUCUAGUCCUCCUCGCCGCAUUCUCAGGUGGCCACGCAAUCGCGUCAUCGGGGUCCGCGUCGCUCCCAGACGGCGCAACGUGUUACCUCGACAGCGCGCGGCGGCCCGUCUACCCCUUCUGCCGCGGCAACAAGCGCAAUUGCGUGGUGACUCAGGUGCCCUCAGCACCACAAGCCAAGUACGUCGGCCGCUGCAACUCCACCUACACCAGGGGUUCUUUCUGUCGCUAUGGCGGCACGCCAUAUGCAGUCGGCACCAAGGGCAUAGAGGGAAACGCGCUCUGCAAGACGUGUGACUGCACCUACCGGAGGAAAAUGCCUGGUCCCAACCGGGCAGUCUGCUCCUGCUCAACGCUGCCUGCCUGCUACGUCGACUACAACGGGCAGCCCGUGGGAAAGUUUCGCUGCCCGGAAGAGCAAAACAUGUGCGUCAUCACCAAGAUAGGAGGAGGCGACAAGGACAAAAAGGGUCUGCCAGUGGACAAGGGCGUGUGCGUCUUUUCUGGAAUCCAGGGUAUAUGCGGCGCAGCAGGGCCCAGCUGGGGACCGAAAUUCUACAUGGCGGGGAUAGAGGGCAUGCCUAAGCCGGGGGACCGCUGUUCGCAGUGCACGUGUGGGGCCACUGGGGGUUUGCUAAACUGUAAACGCCUGGCCAAUUGCAAGACGCCCCAGAGCUUUUCAAAUGCCGCUGAGCUUGCUAUCGUGCUGCAGAACGUUUAA